GCAAGGCAGGGAUCCUCAGAAGAAGGACAUCCUCGCCCAGGUACGCGGCGCCAUCUCUCACCCAGCCUUCGCGCGGCCCAGCGGGGCCCCUGAGUGACCGCGGGCCGGGGGCCACCAGCGCAGCACGCCCCGGCCGGUAGAGGGAAUGACGUGCCAGGCCUUCGCCAGCGCCGACUCCUUCGCCGCCCUCGCCGCCGCCGACUCCUCCGCCCUGCCCCUCAUCAUGCACCACCCUGGCCCUGGCGAGUGCCUGCCCGUCUCCAACCACUCCGCCGGCGUGGUGCCCACAGUGCCCUCUGGCCUGUCCCUUGUCCAGUCCUCCAAGCGUUCCCACAUGCAUCUGUCCUCCUCGGCGCUCGGCAAUGCUUCUGCCGGGCUCCACUACUCUAUGCCGGCCUGUCACUACGGCAACCAGCAGACCACUUACGGCAUGAUGGCAGCGCAGGAAAUGCUAUCAGCCAGCAUCUCCCAGACCAGAAUUUUGCAGACGUGCAGUGUCCCUCACCCCAAUGUUGUGAAUGGAGCCAAUACUCUACAAGGCGGACUGGGCCCCUGCCUGUACAAGUUUCCGGAGCACACGCUGAGCUCCGGCUCCUGUGCCCUGGGCCACCCCUUCCCCCCUCUGCCCCAGGCCCUGCUGUCCGAGGAGCCCAGUCUGGGGGACUUCAAGCAGGAGCUGAGGAAGAAGAGCCGCCCCCCGGAGGAGCCCGUGGACAUGGACUCGCCCCAGAUCAGGGAGCUGGAAAAGUUCGCCAACGACUUCAAGCUCAGGAGGAUCAAGCUGGGCUACACCCAGACCAACGUGGGGGAGGCACUGGCCGCCGUGCACGGCUCGGAGUUCAGCCAGACCACCAUCUGCCGCUUCGAGAAUUUGCAGCUGAGCUUCAAGAACGCCUGCAAGCUCAAGUCCAUCCUGGCCAAGUGGCUGGAGGAGGCGGAGCAGGCUGGCGCCCUGUUUAAUGAGAAAAUCGGCAUGAACGAGAGGAAACGCAAGCGGAGAACCACCAUCAGCCUGGCUGCCAAGGAGGCCCUGGAGAGGAACUUCGGGGAGAAGAGCAAGCCGUCCUCCCAGGAGAUCGUGCGCAUGGCCGAGGGUCUGCACCUGGAGAAGGAGGUGGUCAGGGUCUGGUUCUGCAACCGAAGACAGAGGGAGAAGCGUGUGAAGACCAGCCUGCAUCACAGUGCCUUUCCCUCUCUUACCAAGGAGACUGCAAUCUGCAGAUAG